AUGGAAGAAACAGAUCCUGGUCAGAGGCUUCUUGCUGCCCAGCGAGCUCUCAAAGCCCAGUUGGCCGCUUUGCCGAUCGAUCCAAAAAUGACUGAGCCAUUGCGCCCGCAACAUUUCAUUACCCGCCAAAAUGGCACCAUGGUUCCUCUAGUCGCAUUGGACGAGUUGCCAGCCACCGUAUCCAUUCGAGGCGUGCCUCGAAACUUAUCAGCUUAUGAUGUAGCUGGCAUGAAAUGUCUUGGAACCGUUGAGUCGCAGCACCGUCAAUAUAUCGUUGACGGGCCGAGACAGGGGUUUCAGCCCGAGCAGAAAGCCGUGGAGAACGGUCUUCUUGCUUCUAAAUACGCCACUGGGGCAACCAACAACGACCUAGAAUCCUCACUUGGCGGACUUGGACUUCGUAGCCGCACUGCAAGUCCUAUCGUCCAAGGGCCACAACCCAAAGCCUAUGGCAUAAAGGAGACCCGUUCAUCCCUUCCGAGCACUCUUAGAAAUAAUCCUGUGCGCGCUACGGAGCAGGGCGCUCGCCCACUGACCGUUGAGGAUCUCGCCCGUAAUCCUGCUCCUGGUGUCAAAGAGUAUUGCUCCUACUGGCUCCGGCACGGCGAAUGUGACUAUGCCCAACAAGGCUGCCUCUAUCGUCAUGAAAUGCCACUCGAUCCUCCAACCCUCGAGAAGCUGGGAUUACGAGACAUUCCGCGCUGGUACAGGGAGAAGCAUGGUCUGGGUAGCUAUCUAGCUCUUAGUGCCCAGAGAGUGAGCUCAGUGAGCACGAGGCCAAGUCCGAUGGAGCGAAACUGGAGACAAACUUCAGAUGGAGCGUAUUCGGAGAGCACAAAGACCGUGACACCGCCCGAGCGCCGAAAAGAACAGACUGCGAGUCCUUGUCCUUCAGCCCACAGUUCGGUCAACGGGUGGAAUGUCUUUGCAAAGAAUCACACCGCCGCUUACAACUCCAACAUUAGAGGCUCUCUUCAUAGCCCACCCCCAUGUCGCCAGAUCUCUCCUACCCCCAAACCACCCACCAACACUCGUUAUCCGCUGCCUGUCCGCCCUGGAAGCCGUCUUGUCCCAGCAGACACUGAAAACAUCUCCGCCCGCAUCUUCCGCGAAGCAAACGAACAGCUCGACGCCAGCGAGGAACAAGAGCGCGCGGCCCUCCAGAAAUACGCGCCCCUUGUGCCGCAGAAACCCGGGACAAUUGCUGCUACUGCUGAUGAUGAUGCUGCUGCUGAUGACUCCCCAGUCAUCAUGACGCCGUCUACGAGCGAUGAGGACGAGAAAAUCACCGAAAUGAUUGAGUCCGGUUCUGAGCCGGAGGCUGUUAUUACUACUGGUAGUAACGCAAAUACCGCCAAGAUCACUGGUAAGGAGAUUGCGGAUGCCAUCGUGUCAACGGCAUCUAAGGCCGUCACUGUCCCCAAAGCCGUGAUUGCACCAGCACCAGAAGCAGCAGCCCCGCCAGUGCAGAGGAAGAAAACAGGUGCCAGAGCCAGAGCCAGAGCCAGAGCCAAGAAAUUUGCUGCUGUGGAUGUGGAUAGAGAGGCGCAGAGGAAGGCCGUGGGGCGCGCGAAGCAGCAGGCGGAGGAGUUGGGGAAGGGGAAGGCAAGGAUUGAGAAGUUGGUGGAAUCUUGA